UUCAAUAUUUAUUCGGCAGUGAAUAAAACUAAAAUCGCAGUUAUACCCAAAUACGGUAUCUUACAUUAUGCCUUUUACGUUGGCAUAUCUAGUUUGUUGGUGAAAACAAAACUUUUGGUUUCCUUUUAAUUAUUUCCAUUUAGGUGCAAUAGAGAGCCAGCGGGCAUGUUUCUUCUUUAUUCAGCCCGCUUCUUCUAAAACUCUACACGCGUGACAAGCCCGCACCUCGGGCGAUUAUUUGAAAGGUAAAAUGUCCACGGAUCAAAGUAGUCUUUAAAGAGUUUCCGUGGUAAUCGGCUGCUGGCGGAGACGCGGCUGCGCUUUUAAAUAGUGACGUUCAAAAUUCCCGCAUGACGAGAGUUGAGAUUUUUAAUUUCCAUCAACUCUGAACAAAGUGUGUAUCACGCGUGAUUUGCGAAUCGAAAUAUAUUUACAAAAAUUAGACGAUGCGUUACGACAAGAAUCAAUCGCACGUUCAACUUGAACGCAACACGAGUCAAGUGCCGUCGGUGCUGGCGUUCAAUCAGACCUCCCCGGACGCCAACCGCUUCGGUGAAUCUUUUCGUAUACUAUUUCGAUGGAGGGGCAGUAUUUACAAGUUUAUUUGGAAACACGUGCUGGUGUACUACUUUCUUUUUUACUUGCUGUCAAUACUGCACGGGGUUUUGGACAUUGAAAGGAAAAAAACAUUUGAGGCAUUGGCAAAAUACUGCCUCAAAAAUACCAAUUCCAUCAACCUCAUGCUUAUGCUGACUUUCUUCACGACAACGGCCAUGCAACGGCUUUUCUCCAUACAAACAAUGAUUCCUGGGACGGCUAAAGUCAUCACCUUUUUUAUUAUGUCUCUCAAGCCAAAUAUGCCUGAGGGACCGAUUAUUGUUGAGCAAUUCGCACGAUGGACGGUACUGGCCUGGAUACUCACUUUCCGUGUUGUUUGUAAACCUUUGAGAAAGAUGUUCCCUGACAUGAUUUCGCUUCAGGUGGCUGGAAUCAUUCGAGAGAAAGAGAGAUGCAUUUUAGAAAGAGUGGAAACCGAAGGGAACAAGACCCCACGCGCUUUGAUUGUAAUCGACUGGAUGCUUUUGCUACUCAAGGAAACUGCAAUACAUAAUCGCUUUACAGAAAAAUCUAACCAUCUUAAAGUUCUGGAUAUUGUAAUGGCAUUCAAGAAAAACUGCGGCAACAUUAUCAAAUUUGCAACCAAAAAUAUUCCUUACGCCCUCAUUCAGGCUGCAAUCAUAGUGGUCUAUGUUUACGGACUGGUCACUUUGAUGGCCAGAAAUUUUGAAGAAGCGGUUAACAGUGGCUUCUUGGAAGGCAUCGUGAAUUAUUUUCCCGUGAUUCCCAGCCUACAGUUUUUCAUCUUCCUCAUCUGGUUGAAUUUUGGCCGUACGGCUGUCAAUCCUUUCGGAACUGACGAUGAUGACAUCGACGUCAAACUCUUAUUCCACACUCACGUUCAGGAUUCUUAUCGAUUGGCAAGUUUGUACGCUCAGGAUUUGGAACAAGUUUUUGGCGCCAUGCCACAAAAACAAUACAACGACGCUUCUUCCCUGCAAAAUGCUACCCCUGUUGGAAAAUAGUACAACAUCUUUGGGUAGUAAUGUGAGUGAACGUGUAAAUAAAAUACAAUUCCGUGAACUCGGAACUAAUGCACUUA